UCCCGGCCGGAACCCCGCGCCGGGAACCAGGAAGCACCCGUGUGCGGGCGCGGGGCGGCCGGGAUGGCGGGGCCCGGCUGGGGCCCCCCGAGGCUGGACGGCUUCAUUCUCACCGAGCGGCUGGGCAGUGGCACGUACGCCACGGUGUACAAGGCCUACUCCAAGAAGGACACCCGUGAGGUUGUAGCCAUAAAGUGUGUGGCCAAGAAAAGUCUGAACAAGGCGUCCGUGGAAAACCUCCUGACAGAGAUUGAGAUCCUCAAGGGCAUUCGACACCCGCACAUCGUACAGCUGAAAGACUUCCAGUGGGACAGCGACAACAUCUACCUCAUCAUGGAGUUCUGUGCAGGUGGUGACCUGUCUCGCUUCAUCCAUACCCGCAGGAUUCUGCCCGAGAAGGUGGCUCGUGUCUUCAUGCAGCAGUUAGCCAGUGCCCUGCAGUUCCUUUAUGAACGGAACAUCUCUCACCUGGACCUGAAGCCACAGAACAUUCUGCUGAGCUCCUUGGAGAAGCCCCACCUCAAAUUGGCAGACUUUGGCUUCGCACAACACAUGUCCCCGUGGGAUGAGAAGCAUGUGCUCCGAGGUUCCCCCCUUUAUAUGGCCCCGGAGAUGGUGUGUCAGCGGCAGUAUGAUGCCCGUGUGGACCUUUGGUCUGUGGGGGUCAUCCUGUAUGAAGCCCUUUUCGGGCAGCCCCCCUUUGCCUCCAGGUCAUUCUCAGAGCUGGAAGAGAAGAUCCGUAGCAACCGGGUUAUUGAGCUUCCCCUGCGACCCCUGCUCUCCCGUGACUGCCGGGACCUACUGCAGCGCCUCCUGGAGCGGGACCCCGGCCGCCGCAUCUCCUUCCAGGACUUCUUUGCUCAUCCCUGGGUAGACCUGGAGCACAUGCCCAGCGGGGAGAGCCUGGCGCAAGCGACUGCCCUGGUGGUACAGGCCGUGAAGAAGGACCAGGAGGGGGAUGCGGCGGCCGCCUUAUCUCUCUACUGCAAGGCCCUGGACUUCUUCGUGCCUGCCCUGCACUAUGAAAUGGAUGCUCAACGGAAGGAGGCAAUUAAGGCAAAGGUGGGGCAGUACGUGUCCCGGGCUGAGGAGCUCAAGGCCAUUGUCUCCUCCUCCAAUCAGGCCCUGCUAAGGCAGGGAACCUCCACUCGGGACCUGCUCAGAGAGAUGGCCCGGGACAAGCCACGCCUCCUAGCUGCCCUGGAAGUGGCUUCAGCUGCCCUGGCCAAGGAGGAGGAAGCUGGCAGGGAGCAGGAUGCCCUGGACAUGUACCAGCAUAGCCUGGGGGAGCUGCUGCUGCUGCUUGCAGCGGAGCCCCCAGGCCGGAGGCGGGAGCUGCUUCAUGCUGAGGUUCAGAAUCUCAUGGCUCGAGCUGAAUACCUGAAGGAGCAGGUCAAGAUGAGGGAGUCUCACUGGGAAGCAGAGACCCUGGACAAAGAGGGGCUGUUGGAGUCGGUUCGUAGCUCUUGCACCCUGCAGUGACCUCAGGAGGAUGACUGGACAGACCAUGGGCCACCUGGAAUUGAGGGGCAUACCACCUCCAGGGCCUGUGGAUCAAUGCCCUGAGUUCCAUGGCCCUCUACAGCCCUGGGGAGCACCCUAGAGAGGGGCUUCCUGGGUGGGCAGCUCUGACACCCCCACACCCCAGGGCCUCCGGCCUCCCUGGGGAUGCCUUUUAUCCCCUGGAGGGUCCAGUGGCCCAUCCUGUGAGCACUAGGCCUUCACCCUGGGGGUGAGGGGCCAGGACUCCUGGGAGAAGAGUAUUGCUUUCAUGUGAUAUCUACCUUGGAAGUUUAAAAAGUUGUUAUAGGGUAGUUGCUGGGUCCUGAGCCUGUCUAUUUCUGUGUCUGGCCCCCUACCCUGGGGGGAGGGGAGAUCAAGCCUUCUAGCAUUUCUGGUGUGAGAAGAGGGCAGGGGCCCUCUGCAGGAUACUUCUGUGCUGGCCCCCUCCUGAACAGCAGCCAGCACCCCCUCUGCCCACCUCUGUCCUUCCUGGAGGGCCCUUAUUCCAACUCACCUCCUUUCUUGUCCUGGAAUGGGGCACUCAGACCCCUCAGGGACCACCCACCCCCAUGGUGUCUCCUGAGCCUCACAGAACUCACCAGUCUUCCUGGGAGCUGAACCCUGCCCACCACCUCAGAAUUUAAAAAAAAAACCUUCAAGCAUGAAAAGAAUGUACUUUGUGUAGGGGUGGGGCAGAUCUGAGAAACCCAUGCUUUGUUCCUGAGGAAGGGCCCUCAGUCCUCAUCCCUUCCACCUCCUUCAUCACUGGGAAUGCCCCCGCUGGUGCAGAGCUGGCCCUGGGCUGGAUUCAGGGGCCUGGGAGGGAGAAGCAUGGGGGCUGCCUGACCCAUGUGCCUGCAGGGGAAUCAGUUCAGUCCAGGAGACCUGGUUCUAGGCCUGACACUGCUGCUACCCUCGUGGGGGACUUGGGCAAGCCCCUUCCCCUUUCUGGGCCUUGAUUACCCCAGCUCUCUAGUGGGGCUGCAAAUCCCCCAGCCCACAGCGUGGGCUUUCAGAGGGCAGAGUGAGUAUAAUCUGGAGCAAAAUGUACACACCUGGGGUUAGCUGGGGCCACUUUCAAAAAAUCAGAGAAGGGGCUGGUGGCUCUAACCCUUCUGUCCUUAAAUGCUCCUUGGGGCAAGUCUUCUGUUGUUCUCCUUGCAGGAGGCUGGGUAUAAAGAAUGUAAUUCAUUGUCUAUUAAAUUAUUUUCUGUA